UAUACAAGGUUAGUAAUAAAAUAUAAAAAAGAAUGUCUAGACAUCAGAGUUGGAGCUUGGACUGUAAGGUUUAUGUUGGCAACCUUGGCAGUGGGGUAGCUAAACAUGAAUUAGAGGCAGCAUUCAACAAAUUUGGGCCCCUUAGAAAUGUAUGGGUUGCUCGUAAUCCUCCUGGAUUUGCAUUUGUUGAGUUUGAAGAUAACAGAGAUGCUGAAGAUGCUGUUCGAGCAAUGGAUGGAACGAGGCUUUGUGGCUCCCGGGUUCGUGUUGAAUUAUCCCAUGGACGAUCUAGACGUGGAAGUCGUAGGCCUCCUCCACCUCCACCUCGGUAA